AUGCCUCCAAAGUCUACAGCAUAUUUCCUGUUGGCCCUGGGCGUGGCUGCCCUCGUGCAAGGGCAAGGGCCCCCGGAUGGGGUGAGGGCCGCCUUGGCGAGACUACCCACGUGCACGACAACAUGCGGAGAGCCAGUCAGGGAUGUUGGGCGCUUUAUUUUCAUCGAGGAAUUCACCCUUUUGGCAAUUUCCAGCAUCGCCAUCAUCCUGAGGUUGAUCUUCAAAGCUUUCGACAAAAGCCCGGACAUGUCCUCGAUCGGGAUGGACGAUGUUUGCAUUUUCGCGGCAUACGCAAUCCUAGUACCAAAAACCUACAUCUGCGGUGAGCUCAUCGUCAACACCGGACUAGGUCGAGACGUGUGGACGCUUGAUAUCGUCCAACUGACGAAAAAUUCAUACUAUUGGUACAUUGUGACGCCCAUGUACUUUGCCGCGAGCACCCUGGUCAAAUCCUCGCUGCUCUUCUUCUUCAUGCGCAUAUUCACCGAGCCUGGCGGCCACCACACACGGCUUGCGAACCGGUGGGACCUACGGCGCGCGCUCGUCUUCACCCUGGCCACGACGCUGGUCACCGGGCUGGCCUUUGUCGUCGUGAGCGUGUUUCAGUGCGCGCCCAUCAGCUACUACUGGACGCGCGUCGACGGCCUGCACACCGGCAAGUGCUUCAAGAUUGGCGACUUUAUCUGGGCCAACGCCAUCAUAGGCAUCGUGAUCGAUUUCUGGAUGCUGUAUCUCCCGUUGUCGCAGGUUCGACGCUUAAACAUGUCGAGGUCCAAGAAGUUUAGCGUCGUUUUCAGCAUCAUCCGGCUCCACAGCCUAGUCACCUCCUCGCGCGACAACUCGACCUGGGACGCGGUGGGCGUCAUGGUCUGGUCCUCGCUGGAGCUGCACACCGGCGUCGUAUGCGCCUGCAUGCCCGCCUUGCGCGCCGUCCUGUUCCGCACCAUUCCCGCCACGGCCCGUCGCGUCAUGAACCGCCAGUCCGUAGAGCUGGAGUCACAGGAGACUCGUUCGCAGCUGAGCGACAACAGUCAAGUCGGCAAGGCCGCUGCGUGGACCCCCGGGGGAAGCUCCAGUAAGGACGAGGAUCGAGGGACGUGGUCUGGUCCCGGCGACUGCGAGACACCUGAUGGGUCUUAUAGUCAGUCGGUGCUUUGCGGUGCGUCGUGGGAAGAGACUGCCGGUCGUGGAGGCGCAGCUGCUGGUGUAGUUGGCAUUGCGUAUCAACCCACGCCGCCACUGCCACGAUAG